AUGGCGACCAGCCCGCUGCCCGGCCCCACCGAUAUCUUGCUGCCGUCGCCGUCCAGCGCGUACCCGCCGGACCCCAUGAACCAGCCGAGGGCCGGCCACGCCGCCAUGAAGCCCAACCAGGUGGGGCAGGUGAUCCUCUACGGCAUCCCCAUCGUCUCCCUGGUCAUCGACGGGCAGGAGCGGCUGUGCCUGGCGCAGAUCUCCAACACCCUCCUCAAAAACUUCAGCUACAACGAGAUCCACAACCGGCGGGUGGCCCUGGGCAUCACCUGCGUGCAGUGCACGCCGGUGCAGCUGGAGAUCCUGCGGAGGGCCGGGGCCAUGCCCAUCUCCUCCCGCCGCUGCGGCAUGAUCACCAAGAGGGAGGCGGAGCGGCUCUGCAAGUCCUUCUUGGGGGAGAACCGGCCCCCCAAAUUGCCGGAUAACUUCGCCUUCGACGUAUCCCACGAGUGCGCCUGGGGAUGCCGCGGGAGCUUCAUCCCGGCCCGCUACAACAGCUCCCGGGCCAAGUGCAUCAAGUGCAGCUACUGCAGCAUGUACUUCUCGCCCAACAAGUUCAUCUUCCACUCCCACCGCACCCCCGACGCCAAGUACACCCAGCCCGACGCCGCCAACUUCAACUCCUGGCGCCGCCACCUGAAGCUGACCGACAAGAGCCCCCAGGAUGAGCUGGUCUUCGCCUGGGAGGAUGUCAAGGCCAUGUUCAACGGCGGUAGCCGCAAGCGCGCCCUGCCGCCCGCCCCGCCGGCCCCCGCCGCCGCCGCCCCCGCCGCCUGCCAUCCGCUGGGCUCGCCCGCACCUCCUGGCCGCCCCGCCCGACCUGCACCAGAAGCGGCCGCGCUUCGAGGAGGACGAGGAGCUGCAGGAGGCGGUGGCGGGGCGCACGGCGGCAAAAGCCCGCGGAGCUACCCCGUCAUCCCGGUGCCCAGCAAGGGCUCCUUCGGCGGCAUGCUCCAGAAGUUCCCCGGCUGCGGCGGGCUCUUCCCGCACCCCUACGGCUUCCCCGCCGCCGCCUUCGGGCUCUGCCACAAGAAGGAGGAGGGCGGCGGCGGCGACGCCCUCGCCGGGGCGGCCGCGCACAAGGCCGGCGGGGCGGCGGCGGCGGGCGGCGGGCUCUCGGGGCUCUUCUGGCCGGGCAGGAAGGACGCCGCCUUCUACCCGCCCUUCUGCAUGUUUUGGCCGCCGCGCACCCCGGGCGGGCUGCCGGUACCCACCUACCUGCAGCCGCCUCCGCAGCCCCCCGGCGCCCUGGGAUGCUCGCUGGGAGGGGACGGGGCGGGCCUGCUGCGCCAGGCUUUCCUGGACCUGUCGGAGCCCGGCGGCGAGGCGGGGCCGGCGGGGCUGGGGACGGGGCCGGCGGGGCUGGGGACGCCGCCCGCCGCCGCGCCCCCGUCCGCGCCCGCCGCCGCCGCCGCCGCCGCCGCCGCCGCCCGGGACCCGCUGUUCGAGUCGCCCCCCGGUGGCAGCGCCGAGCCCGCCUCGCCCGCCGCUUCCGACGGGGGCAGCGGCGGCGGGGGCGGGCGGGUCCCCCCGCACCACCCGCACCUGCUGGAGGCGGCGGGCGGGCGCAAGGCGGGCGGAGGGUACCACCACUCCAGCGCCUUCCGCCCGGUGGGCGGCAAGGAGGACUCGGAGAGCCUGGCCAAGCUGCACGGCGGCGGCGGCGGCCCCCCGCGCUCCGCCUCGCCGCUGCAGCUGCUGCUGCCGCCGCCGCCACCGCCGGCCCCCGAGGAUGCGGGGUGCGAGAGGCACCCGCAUCCUCCGCACGCCGCGCACCGCCUCCUCUCCCCCGGAGGCACUAGCUGCAGCUUCGCCAGUGAAGAGAGCAGCGAGGAGGAGGAGGACGAGGAGGAGGAAGACGAGCCCGAGGUGGACGUCGAGGGGCACAAGCCCCCCGAGGAGGAGGAAGAGGAAGAGGAGGAGGAGGGCGAGGAAGAGCCCCGCGGCGGAGACCCCUUGGCGGCCGGCGGCCGCUUUCCACCCGCCCGGGGGCUGCCGGAGAAGGGCGGCCGGGAGCGCCCCGCCGCCGGCCCCUUCCCCCGUCCGCCCGUCGAGGAGAAGCCGGGGGAUGGUCAAGCCCCACCGCAGCCGCCUGCCGGGGCCCCGCGGGCGGGCAGCGGCGGCAGCAGCCCAGCACAUCACCCAACACCGGAGGAGCAGCCCCUCUACAAGGAUAAUCAGAAGAGCAAGGAGGGUAAUCAGGUCAUCUUGCCUACGAAGGAGGACGCCUUCUCAGAUAAGAACAAGGAGCAUAAUUUUUUCAUCACAGAUUCAGAGCCUUCAGGAGGAGACUUCUGGAGAGAUAUAGCAGGAGAACACACACAAGAAACCAAUUCACCUCAUUCUCUGAAGAAGGAUGUGGAAAAUAUGGGGAAAGAGGAACUCCAGAAGGUUCUGUUUGAGCAGAUCGACCUACGGAGGAGGCUGGAACAGGAAUUCCAGGUGUUGAAAGGAAACGCGUCUUUCCCAGUCUUCAAUAAUUUUCAAGAUCAGAUGAAGCGGGAGCUGGCGUACAGAGAAGAAAUGGUGCAGCAGCUACAAAUCAUUCCCUAUGCAGCAAGCUUGAUCAGGAAAGAAAAGCUCGGUGCACACCUCAGCAAAAGCUAA